AUUGAAUAAUUACAGUGCAUAAUAUCAACAUUGAAGUUGAAAUUGAUUUUUCAGCCGAACUUAGUGAAACUUGACUUUGCAUGAUAUAUUUAGAAUACGGCCCUAAAAACACCCCUAAACAUUAGAGUGCCCCAAAGGAGUGUCUCUUCCAUAUGGUACUUUGAGGUUCUGUCACGGAUGAGUGAGAAAGAGAAGAAGAGCAAAAAAAGAAAAUCCUAACCUCACAAGAAAGGUCAAAAAUAUAGUUGUUAGAAUACAAAAUGAGAACUUGAAACCGAGUAAAAUAAGGAAACAGGUACUAAAAAAGCACAUUUUUGUUAGCCGUCAAAUCUAAUCCGUUUGAGAAGUUAUACAAAAUUGUAAAUAUGAACCAAGCAGAUGUCUCCAAAUUAGUCUCCCAAUUGAAAACUCGAUUAAAUCCAAGACUAAGAAAAUUCAGAUGUCCUGGGGGACCUGAGGAAAGGUUGAAUAAAUUGAGAAAGACCGUUACGGCUCUAGUAAAACAUGAAAGAAUCGAACUUAACUAUCCUAGAGCUGACGAAUCAAGGAUGUAUGCUGAGAGAUUAAUUUCUGAUGCAAUUCGUUAUGGAGACUGUCAUAGAGCAACCAUGGAAAUGGCAGACUACUGGUUAGUGGAAAAACAACUGGUACAUAAAUUAUUCAAAGUUCUCGUACCACGAUAUGAAAAUUACAAUGUAGCCUUCACUAGAUUGUUGAGGGCACCUAAACCGUAUCCUGGUGAUAAACACCUGAAGGCAGUUUUAGAGUUACGUGGAAACCCUUACCCUUCGCUGUUGCCAGAUACUUAUAAAAAUCGAAAUUUACUACACAACGUUUUAUUAGAUGAGGCAAAAAGGGCUUAUAGAGCCGAAAAGUACAAAGAAAUUGUUAGUAAAAUUGAUGCAAAUAUAAAAAAGAAUGAAGAUAUUAAAGCCGACAGGAAGAAUCAACCUGAUGUCACCAAAAAGGAAUCAGUAGAUUCUGAAACCGUUCAUGAAAACGUAGGUGAAUCAAUUACCGAAAAGGCAGACGAUAUGAAAUCCAGUGAAAAAGUACUUGAAGAAACUGGCAAUAAAACAAAUUAGAAGCGAAACAAAUCAUAAUAUCAAACCAUGCCUGAAAACUGUAUUGAGCAGAAAUACAUAUGGACUUUAAAAUGAAUAUUUUGAAAUGAAAUCUCGAAAUAUUCCUCUCUCCCAAAUACCUACACUGUAGGUUGUGGUAAAUGUCUGGCCGAAAACAACUACUUCCCUGGCUAAUACCAUGCUUGAUGAAUAUCCGCGUUUAUGUAAGAUACCUUACAGAGGUUAGUCUCGCAGAUAUUUCUUAUUCGUUCAGCAACAGGACCAUGUUGAAAUUAUUCAAGUAGAUCACAUACGGACAGAAUAAUUUCAGCAAGGUCAUGCUGCUGGAUAAACGCGAAACAUCCUCGCAACUAACCUCUGUAAGGUAUCUUGCAUAAAUAUCCAAUAUCCAGUGUGGUAUUAGCCAGGGAUGUAGUUGUCUUACGGCAGGCAUUCAUCAGAAUCCAUGGUAUAGGUAUUUGGGAGAGAUGAAUAUUGCGAGAUCUUAUUUCAAAAUAUAUAUCCAUGUGAGUGAUUUUGACUAUAACUGCUCGGAACAUUAAGUUUCAGAUAAAAACGGUUCAAGUUACAAAUUGUGAUUUUUACUAAUACGAUCUGUGAAGAGUA